AUGAGCAAGCAGCAGCAGACGAAGUCCUGCUUGUUGGAAGGUGCUUUCGGCAACAUAGUUUGCUGUGCUACCGUGUUUGGUAAUGCGGAGAUGGACAUAGGGUUGCAUGAAUUGACCAACAUAUUAAGCGAAGCAAUUGCGAAACUUGACGUUGGUUACCUGAAAAGUCUACAAGGAGAAGAAGGAAUUCAGGGUAUUUCAAAAAGCGUAGAAAUGCAAGAAGAAAUGCUUAGCGAGGAUCAAUUAGAUAGGCUCUCAAUCACAAGUUGGACUAAUAUUGGUGGUGUUGAUGAUGUCAGUCUUGGAUAUCUGGAGCCUGUUUGGAUUGGGGCUUUGGGACAGCUGGUGCUGCGUUGA